AAGAAAAAGAAAAAGAAAAAGAAAAAGAAGAAAAGAACACCUAUCAGCUCCCUAUGUUCUUGUAUUUACUUUCCAUCUAAGCACCUUUCCCACCCCAUCCUGUCUCUUCAUAGAAAUUUACAUUAUAGGAGCUCUUUCUCUGCCUUUUCUUGUUAUUCUUGCCUUCCCAUUCACUUCUAGUUAAUCUACAAACCAGCAGUAGUGUUUUCUAUUUUGCUUAUAUGUUCUAAUCAUUGCUAGGAAGAACUUGCCACGAACCAUCCUCUUUACAAUCUGUUCAACAGGAAGAAAAGAGAAACAUGAUUUAGAAAAUGUUAAUAAGUUGAACUCCUAGUAGUCAUGGGAACUCUAGAAAAUCCAAAAACUUGGAUACCAUAUACGAACAAAGACUGUUCUCAAGGCUUUUGUAGCUUUCACUGUCCCCAAUGGUGCAACUUCAUGCUCCCACCUCCACCUCCCUUUGAAUUCCCUGAUGACAAUUCUAGUCCAAAUUUCUCCCCUCUUGUUAUUGCAAUCAUUGGCAUUUUGGCAAGUGCUUUCCUUCUUGUAAGUUACUACACCAUAAUAUCCAAGUAUUGUGGCAACCCGGACUCAGCAAGAAGCAGAGAAGAUCAUGAAUCCAAUGAAGAAUUGGAAGAGAAUCACAACCCGUCUCUCCAUGAACCAUGGCAUAUUGCAACUACUGGCUUAGAUGAGGCUCUCAUAAAGUCUAUUACAGUAUACAAGUACAAGAAAGGAGAAGGGUUGGUCGAAGGCACUGAUUGCUCUGUUUGUCUCAGUGAAUUUGAAGAAGAUGAGAGCUUAAGGCUCUUGCCAAAGUGUAGUCACGCUUUCCAUCUCCCAUGCAUUGACACAUGGCUCAAAUCACAUGCGAAUUGCCCUUUAUGUCGAGCUAAUAUAGUGUCUUUCAAUGCAACGCCGAUUCCAUUGCCUGCACCGGUGACAGAAUUGACUUCAACCAAUGAAACUUUGCCAAUAAGCCAACCGGCAAAUGAAAAUAUAACUCUUGCACAAGACAUAGCAGGGGGAGUUACAGAAGAAGAAAGUGUGCGCGGUGAUAUUGUUCGAAAGUCCCCAUUUCGUGCUUUUAGUGAUUUGGGCAAUUCAGAAGAGAGAGAUACCAUAAUUGAGAUUAGAGAUGGAGGAUAUCAGCAUAUUAGAAGAUCGUUUUCGAUGGAUCUUUUAUGCCAAAGCCGUGUCUCUGUUGCUGAUAUUUUGAGCAUGAAUCAAGGUGAAGAUGUUCAAGUGGAAGAGUGCUCCGCUGAGGCUAGCUCAUCUAAACAAUUAGCAGGAGAAGAUGGGAAGUCUAGCCAUCGAAACCGGGUGUUGCAUUUUGUAAUGAGUCCUAUUGCAAUGAAGAGACAAUUUUCAAGUGGAAGAUUCUUUCUCACAAGGCAUGGGAGAAGACCACACGCAAUCAUUCCUGUCUGAAAAGAAGGGAUUUCAGAAAAGAUCUUUUGAUAACAAAAAUGAGAUCAUUAAAAUUUUGGUGAAAGGAUAUUGAAAUUGAUUAUAAAUUAUACUCAUAUAGUGUCCAACUGUAUGAGAAUUGUAGUAUUUUCUAGAAUGAGGAACAUCUCAAUAUUUUGUGUAACUUUUCAGUUUUCAACAAGGUUUCUCCAUUACGGGUUCAUGGUGUGUGGUUAAAUUCGUGUACCAAUAUACCAUGGUCUAAGUAUGUCAUUUAGACGAAGCUUUACUAAAGUCUUUCUUGUCUCUUGUACGAGUAGGUCUAUGUUCCUUUGAACAUUUGUAUGCCAUAUAGUAUGCUCCUCAUAUAAGGCUUGCUUAGCAUGGUUAUAAGAUGCUUUAAAAUGCUUUUGUUUA